AUGGCAUUUAUUUCGCAAACAAGCACUUUUUAUAUUACUCACCGAUAUGUUUUCAUAGAAGCGUUCUUGGUAGCAAUUACGUUAUCAAUCGUCGCCGCUUUGGCAGCCGAGGAGACAGCUGUAGUAGGCACAGCAGCCGGUAGUAUACGUGGCGCAGUACGUAGUGCUGCUGGAGGCAAACAAGUUUAUAGCUUCACUGGUAUACCCUUUGCUAAACCACCGCUCGGAGAACUACGGUACAGGAAACCACAACCACCAACGCCAUGGGGUGAUGACGUGCUAGAUGCUACGAAGACACCACCAUCUUGCAUGCAAAUCGAUGUGUUUUCAGCGAGGGACCUACUUUUUGUUCCAUACGGUCACCCUAAAAGCGAGGACUGCCUGUUUCUUAAUGUGUGGACGCCUACAUCGAACAACUCUACUCGUCUUCCUGUCAUGGCCUGGCUUCAUGGAGGAGGGUUUCGAAGUGGCUCAGCUGCUAUGCAUUUAGACGAUGGCGGAAACUUGGCCAGUCUGGGUGGCAUUAUCGUCGUCACGAUUGCGUACAGAUUGCAGUCUUUCGGAUUCCUCUACGAUGGCACAGAUGACGCUCCCGGAAACCAGGGGCUUCACGACCAAGUACUGGCGCUCAAAUGGAUACAACAGAAUAUCCAGUCUUUUGGUGGGGACCCACGGGAAGUCACCGUGUUCGGCUGGAGCGCAGGCGGUACAUCCAUUGUACUUCACAUGACAUCGACCGAAAGCAAAGACCUCUUCAAAAGGGCCAUAAUCCAAAGCGGGGCGAUCAACAACAGUGAAGAAACAUAUAUGAAAGGAAUCGGGGGUUAUGAAUACAAAAAGCUGCGCCAGGCUUUGGCCGAUACAAUGGGCGACUCGAUAGUGAGUUGCGGGUUAAUGGACACCGCACGGAAGCUGGCUGCUAACACAGAUGCGGAUAAAGCUGGCAAGGGCGUCUACUUCUACGAGAUAGACCACGUGUCCAGAUGCAGCAAUAUCCAACCAUGGUUUGGAAUGACACAUGGUGACGACGUACCCCUCGUUUUCGGCAGGCCACUGGACGCAAAAAAUGGUUGCCAUGGUGACAUUCCUUUUAGCAAGACAAUCAUAAAAAUAUGGACCGAUUUCGUCAAAGGACGGUGA